AUGGAGCGACUCGUUUCAGAGAUACAAGAUAAUUUGUUCGUAGACUUUAACAGUCCAGAAAUUCUCGAAAUUAGGACUGCAGUAGAAACAUUACUGGGACAUUUGUCGGGAAGCUUGAAAAAGACACAUCCUUUUUUUGAGGUUUCCAAAAUCGUGGCUUGUGGUAGUAUGGCUGAAGAAACGCGGAACUGGAAAUAUUCGGAUGGUUAUUACAUAGUAGAAUUUGAUUAUCUAGCACAACUUAAGUUUCCGUCAACGUUUACGCUCCAAGACGGAUGUCCUGGCUUCAUGCAAAUACUUGACCAACACAGGCACAUUGAAAAAUAUUGCAAUAGGUUCAAAUCGUUAGGAACAUUGGGAGCCCUGAAUCAAGGAAGGCUAGCAUUUGGUUUUACUUAUGACCUGUUGAAAUCUAUAAGUGUAUUGUGUAACUGCUAUCGAUUUGACACGUCUAUAAAAAUGGUAAACACCAGUGACUGUUGUAAGAUUUACUCACACGGAACAUUACACAAAAUGAUUCAAUAUUCUGAAGAAUGUAGAUGCUGUAAAGUGUACAAACCGACUGGAGUCCUAAGAUUGGCGACUGGAGCCACGAUAGGAUCGCCAUAUUUUCAUGGAUGUAGUCUUGUUUUUGAAUGGACCAGCAACACAAACCAGCUAACACCUCGUGCUGGAGCUCAAAAUGACAAGUCUGUCAUCAUUUUGAUCGAUUUUGUUCCAGCUAUUGAACUAAGGCAGACAAAAUCUGAACUUGGAGGGGAAGGUCGAUCUCUAGUGCAACUAGACAGCAAGGCAGCCACUGAAGAAAAUUGGAAACACCUAUAUUUCUUGGUAGGGAAAGGAUGCAACAAGAAAAAACAUGAAAUGUGCUGGAAAAUUUCAAACUGUGUCCGAGAAAUUCGAAUACUCAGAGAAACUCAUGUUUCUCAUCGCCAUGCUUAUAUGAUUCUGAAGUAUCUAAAAGAAUGUUUGUUCUCCAGUUUUCCAUCAACAACAGGCGUGCCCACUACAUAUAAACUUAAAACAGCCGUGCUGCAUCACUGUCUGGCCUGUUCAGGGUCGCCACCCAAGGUCAUGACAUGUGUCCUAGAUAUCCUGCAAUUCUUGACGUGUAGCUAUAACAACCAUUCGUUACGUAAUGUCACAAAUGGACUGAACCUCCUGCUUCCGGAACGUAUUGAUAAGUUCCCUACUCAACACAUCACCAUGCACUACAAUCGUUGUGAGAUCAUUGGUGACUGCUUCGCAAGCACCGUCGACCUCAUACAUCAAUUGAACAAUUUUGAAAAUGUCGGUACAUUUAAAAAAUAUUCUGAGGCAUUCAAAUUGUUAGGCCAGACGUAUGAAAAAGCUUGGAGUGCCACUGAAGUGGAAAUCGUAUAUAAAGUUGACAGGAAAAUGGUGGGCCAAACUCUUUACCAAGUGAUGGCAGGCGAAAACGUUGGACACAAACUACAGUCAGCUAUAUACAAUAAUGGAUCGCCGUGUGAUCAUUGGACGGAUGCCAUACAUCCCAUUCAGUAUAGUCAGGUUAGAGACAUGUACAAUUUUCAUCACAUGCAUUGUCCAGAACCUGUAGGAAGGGAAGUCGCACAAAAGGAACAUCUGUUGAUAGAAUGCAAGAAGAACAGUGGUUACUACCAAUGGGACGAAGAGAGUCAGUUGGAAUGGUUUAAGUGUAUGAAGGAAGAUAAGUUUGCACAGGAAGCAUUAAACUCUGUAUACACAGUGGAGAUAUUGUUUGUUCCUACCGCUAUCUGUAAGCCUCGAAUUAAGUCUAUAACAAAGCACGACGAUGUCGAUGUAUUGGCACCACGACAGCCAUGUUUCAAGAUGUUUGUCUCUGUAAAGAGUUACUUAAGAAAAAUAGAAUCUAUCUUUAACCGUGUAAUGAAAAUGCAGUGGCCGGUGUUCUCCCGUGUCCUCAUAACGAGGCUUCCACUUAAGUUACUGUUUGGAUACCUCUUCAUACUUCUUAUAUAUAACUAUAAACGACACCAGAAUGUUGACAGUACAUUUCCACCGGAGUGA